AUGUUUGUUCAGCAGAAAUUUGUCCUCGUUUGCCUCGCACUCUCGGCGGCAGCCGCAGCCCAAUCGGUGCACCCGAUCGGCGGCAGCGCGAGUCCCCAGAAAUCGCCUGUUCCGGUACAGAGUGGAUCGUUUCCUCAGAACCCUGUCGGGAAUGGCAACCUUGUCGCAGCAGGUAGCUCCAAAGUACCUCAACUGAGCGUGGCCGACAUCCUGGCGUUGCGGCGAGCGGUUCAACAGCGCCAGCUUCUCUCCAGGUCGGGGGUAGUUUCUCCAUCUUCCGGUCGUCUCCCGCAUCCGUAUGGAUACAACUUUGUGGGAGACUCAGUGCGGGCUCAGUUUGCUGAUUUAUCCGGACCUGGAGCUGCCUAUGGCGACUACAUGGCGUCAGGGUCGGCUCCUCCCCCCAAAGCUGUCAAGCCUUCGAUCUCAACACGCUUCAGGAGCUUCAUGAACUCCCUAUUCUUCAGGAGCUCGAGCUCGGUCGCGCCGGCUUUCUACCAACCCGCCCCGGGAACGAUUUACAGACCCGGACCCGCAUCCUACCUUCCGCAACCGGCUCAGCAACCUCGGAUUCCUCCGGAUUUCUCCGCUAAAUCAUCCGCUGGCUACCCGACUUCCUUCACAGGAGUCUCUAACAAACCCGUGAAGGAUUACUCUUCGGCGUCGCUUCCCUCGAAACCAUCGUUCGUGCCAUCGUACUCGUCAUCCGUAUCGUCUAGUGUGUCAUCCUCUUCCCCGUCAUCGAAGGCAUCGUCGGCUGUCUCACCGAUUUCAUCGGCUUCGAAUCCCCACGCAAGCGUCGCCACAGCCUCCGGGUUCUACCCUUCGAUGCCGAUAUCUUCUUCCAGUUCUUCACCAUCAUCAUCAUACGACAAAUCCCGCUUCUCUUCAUUAUACGGUAGCAACGGCUUCACGGCGAAAGCGUCCCCUGUCAAAUCGUCGAAAUCGAUAAAAACUCACCUUCCAUCGGGAGCCUCGGACGAGAAGUUCCCGGAAGCCGAUGAAAUCGCCGACCAUCUGAAGAAGAAGAAGCCAAGCAAGCUCCAGGAACCGCCUACCGUAUAA